AAUCGCCUCUGUGAUCCUGUGUGUGUGUGUGUGUGUGUGUGCCUCUUUACUCAGCUGAGUACAGCUGAGUGUAUGGAGAUACACACGGUAUAAACCCUCCAGAGCGGCAGCGAUGAAGCGACAAGGCUUUGGUGCAGCUGCACCAUCCAUGAACUUUUCAACAAGGAUCACAGAAACCUCCACCAAUGGGUAUUCACCCUCGGAACUAACAGAUUAUGACGUAGACAGUCUACAGUUUGAACUGGCAAAGACGGAGGAUGAAAUUCAGACCUUGCGGCAGGUGCUUGUGGACAAAGAAAAAUCAGCAGCAGACAUCCGGAGACAGCUGGGUAUGAGUCCUCUGAGCAACGUCAAACAGAACCUGUCCAAAGGCUGGCAUGAAGUCCAGACCUCGGCUCCGUUUCUCACAGCCUCAGCCACUUUGGAGGAUGUGCGUCACUCCAAUGUGUAUGUAAGAACACGGGACGGUCUCUCUCAUGCUGGCCAGGUGACAUCUUCUGCGCUGUCCAACAUGGGUGUGGUCAUCGCCAGGAGAUUAGCAGAUAUGAGUGCUCUGCCUCUGCCCAGCCCAGCACGCACUCUGAGCCACACUAUGAGUGUCCCGACCAUGAGACACUCGUCUACUUUCAAGAGCUUUGAGGAAAUGGUUGGCAACGUGAAGGAUAAGGUGACGGGCGGUGGAGACACGUCUGGGUUUGAAAGAGGAUCCUCACGCCACAGCACAUGAGACUCUACACUACAACUAAUUACUUUUUCAUACCUUGUAAAGCUAACAAUGUCCUUGUCUACCGGUAUUUCUCACUGUCAUUUAAUACAGGAAUUAUGAAUUGAACUAGAGAAACUAUGACAUUUGUAAUUUAUUUAUUUCUCAUUUAUCUCUAACUUAUGUCAUUUCCAUUCUCAUUUUUUCGU